CAUCGCGUUGAUACAUCAGUAACAACCGUGGAUCCGACUGAAGUGAGUCCUCUCACUGGAUUCGCAGACUGUCGAGUUGUGCGAUCGCGGUGCGAGCAUCGAAUCGCGAUGUAUUAUAUUUACAUCGCUUGUGGAAUAAGCCUGCUGGGCGCUUGGUGUUACCAUUACUUAACGAAGAACAACGGAUACUGGGAAAAGAAAUGCGUACCUUGUCCGAAGGGCGCCGUGCCAGGGUUCGGACACUUCUUUUCCAUGUACUUGAUGCGGAAAAACGUGUUUCAAUUGGGGGAGGAGUUUUACAAUGAAAUGCCCGGCAGAAGUAUGGUCGGACUUUACAACGCCGGCAAUCCCACACUCUUAGUGAGAGAUCCCGAACUGGUGAAAGCUGUGCUUCAAACGAGUUUCGCAAGCUUCAAUUCAAACGGCAUAGAGGUUGACCCUCAAUUGGACCGGCUGGGAGCCAAAAACCCGUUCUUUCUUGUUGGUGAUGAGUGGAAAAGUUCUCGUCAGCUAUUAUCCUUGGCCUAUACGCCGGGGAAGCUCAAAUACAUCUACGAGUCGAUAAACGUUGUCUGUGCGAGUUUUGUCAAGUAUCUGAAUAACAAAGUCAAUCAAGGAAACGGCGAGUUCGAAAUUGAGUUGAAGGAUCUCUACUCGAAGUUCACCGCAGAGGUUGCCGCCAGUUCAGCGUUUGGCGUUGAAGGUCAUUCCUUCAGCGAGGACGAAGACGGGACCUUUACAAAAAUCGGAAAAACUAUCUUCCAACCGACGAUCAUCAAGGGAAUAAAGACCAUGUUAAUACUGUUCGUACCCUUGGUUGCGAAAGUUUUAAAAGCACGCUUCAUGCCACUUGAAGUCCAACAAUUGUUGGUGAAGCUUGUCAAAGACAUGAUAAAGUACAGAACCGAUCAUAACGUGCAGCGUAAAGACUCCCUGCAGUUGAUGAUCGAUUUGAAAAAAUCCGGCACCAUCGAUCCGAGCACUGGCAGAGAAUACGACGACGAAACUAUCAUCGGACACGCGACAACAUUUUUCAUCGAAGGAUACGAGACGUCAAGCGUUACGCUGAGUUUUUUCGCACACCUGUUGGCGAGUCAUCUUGAAAUUCAACAACGCGUUCGCGAGGAAGUUUUGACCGUCGCUGAAAAGCACAAUGGAAUCACGUACGAGGCACUUCAAGAAAUGACGUACCUCGAACAAGCGCUGUACGAAUCGAUGAGGAUUUAUCCCGCCGCCGGGACUUUGUUCAAAGUCUGUACGAGCAAAAUCGAAUUCCAAGGAUCCGACGGAAUUACCUGUGAAGUUGAACCUGGAACCUCUGUGAUGAUAUCACUGGCCGGAAUGCAAAAGGACCCCGAGUACUGGCCGGAUCCUGAAAAAUUUGAUCCUGACCGUUUUUCCGAAGACAAUAAACAGGCCAGGCACAAAUUUCUUUACAUUCCUUUCGGAGGAGGUCCUCGAGCCUGCAUCGGUAUGCGAAUGGCCAUGCUGCAAAUUAAGGCAGCAAUUGCUACGACGCUCGGGAACUUCACUCUUGAAGUGUCACCGAAAACUCAGCUUCCUAUAAAACUAAACCCGUUUUACUUCAUGGCAGCGGCUAAAGGCGGACUGUGGGUGAAGAUAAAACCUUUGUAAUUUGUGCAACCUAUUUCUGUUUUCACACUUUCCGAGACAACGAACGAGAACGUAGCAUUUUAACAUUUUCCAUUUCGAGAGCUCUCCAACAACGCGUUGAGAAAAUACUGUAACCGUGAAAGCCACAUUUCAAACACUAAUUGACUAUUGUGAUAGAAAUCUACGUUGUUUGAUAAUAAAGUCUGCCUAAUCAAAACGAUGUACUAUACGGAUUAAAAACGCUGCAUCAGUGAUUGAUGUAUUUUCAUAAA